GGGUGCACCCCAGCGCCAGGUUUGAGCUGCCAAUUUGAUAACAUAUUCUCUUGUCUGUCGCAGUCGGCGCCGUGGGCCGGUCAUGUUAUGCAUUUCUUGAAAUGCCCUAAGUGCAACAAGGAGUACGACAAAGCUCAGCAUUUCCCCAAACUAGUGAUCCCGUGCGGGCACCCCAUUUGCCUCAGAUGUGUACCGCUGCUCACGAAACUACGGAUCUGGAAAUGCCCAACGUGCGCUCUGGAAUACAGAGGCCUCUACGUCUCACCACCCAACAACAUCUCGAUGGCGCAGUUGCUGGACAAUCUCCAGGGCCUCAGAAGCGGGUCCUUGAACUUAACCCUGCGGCGCGGCGACAGCGUGCUGGUGUACAAGAGCCUGCCGAACAUCAGGACUCCUCAGAUUGAAGCGCUCUUGGUUUCCGUGGCGGCGAGGGGUCAGCUGCAAAAGCCGCAGUCGGGGCCGAGCGCCGGUCGUAUGUCGGAUGUUAUGCAAUGCCCUAACUGCUGGAAGGACUACGACAAAGCUGUGCAUUUUCCCAAAAUAGUUACACCGUGUGCGCAUCCCGCAUGCCUCAGGUGUCUGUGGAAUUCGGAACAGAAAUGCCCGACCUGCGGUUGGGAAUUCAAUGGCAGCGCGAAAUGGCUGCCCAAGAACAUAUCUGUGAUGCAGUUGCUGGACAAUCUCUAUGGCCUCUGCGACAUGCCAGUGAGCUUGACCCUGCAGGGUGAGGACGGCGUGCUGCUAUCCAAGGACCUGCCCAACAGCGGGGAUCCCCUGAUCAAGGCGCUCUUGGUCUUCGACGGGGCAACGCCGAAAAGGAAAGGAAAAAAACAAAAGGUCAAACUGCCAAAAGACGCAGCAGCUCAGCUGGCAAGGGCUCAACCGGCAAGGGCUCAGCCAGAAACGGCUCAGACAGCAACGGGUCUGACGGCAACGUCUCAGCCUGCUAAGGGUCAGACAGCAACGGCUCAGCCACCAAAACAAAAGGUCAAAAAGGAACGUAAACGUAACCAGCCAAAAGACGCAGCGGCUCAGCCAGCAACGGCUCAGCCAGCAACGGCUCAGUCAGCAACGGCUCAGCCGGCAACGGGUCGGAUGGCAACGGGUCAGCUGGCAACGGGUCAGCCAGCAAAGGGUCAGCCAGCAACGGCUCAGCCACCGAAACAAAAGGAUCGGCUGGUGCAUGUGCGGUGUGACCUGCACCCCGAGACGAGCCUGGGCCUGCUGCAGAUCGCCUCGCCCUCCGUCGUCGAGCUGAGUCUGGUGAACCCCAACGCCGAACACCUGAGCGAAGUGCAGAACAUGCCGCACCUCAGGAGGCUGUCCGUGCACGGCUUCGAUGCGAGCAGGGGCCACAUGCCGCUCAUCUCUCUCGCGCGCAGGCAGCUGCGGUGGCUCAGAGUCCGCGACCUGCAGGACGAGGCGCUGCGGAGGCUGCUGACCGCCUACACCCCGCCCUUCUCGGACGCGCUGGAAGAGCUCCAGCUCUGGGUCAACACGGCGCCCGUGGCGCUGCAGAGGUGGGAGACUUGCUGCAACACGCUGCUCAGCCUCGUCUACAAGCUGGACCUGCAAGAGCUGAGGAAGCUCGUGCUCAAGUGGGGUCUGUCUCACCCCCACGACAAGAACGACUGCGCUGCCAUUCUCUGCAAUCUCCAGGAAGAAAUGCCCAAGACGGAAAUACUAUGCCUCGAUUGUGGGACUUGGGGAGCCUUCUAGGGAAGUGCAGCUUGGCGGUGCAGCUCAAGAUCAGGGAGACCAGUCAAAACCAGUGCAGCCAUAAGACUGAACAAUAUGUAUAGAAUACUUGUAAAUUCAUUUUGAAGGGAAAGAUUGACGGGGAAACGUCACAUAUUUCGUGCACACGGAAAGUUUGUUUAUUUUUUACCUUUCCAAUAAAAGGUCAUUUCGUGUACAUAA